UAGCAGCACACAAACACUCAGCAGCCAGAGCGGAGACACGGGGUUUAGCCAAGGGGGAUAGCAAGCGAGGAGACGGCCCUGACGAGCUACCCGCAAAACCAAAAACCAUGGGUCAGGUUAUGACAUUGUGCGCGAGUGAUGAGGCAGACGGGCAUGGCUACGACAAGAACACGGUCGAGAAGUAUAAGGUGACGGGACGGAGCGGGGCAACCGUGCGGUCAGGAGAGCCGCUCGACUCGCCCAUCCAGUGCACCUUGACACCAGGAACAAUUGUGGAGGUCACGGAAGUCAAAGGAAGGCGAUGCUGCAUCGUCAACCCCGUUAAGGGCUGGGGCAGCAUCGCCACGGAAAACGGGUACGUUAUCAUCGAGCCCCUCUCGGCCCGCCCACGGUACCGCGUGGUGUACCCGGAGGGGGUGAUCGUGCGGUCCGCCGCCGACAUCGACGACAGCGACUUCGUGCGAGUCAUCUCGAGGGGGGAGAUCGUGGAGGGCACCGGCCAGGUUCAGAUGUUCGACAACGUCGAGAGAGUCCAGGUUGCCGACGGCUGGAUUAGCAUGCGGCUGAGGGAAGAUGACGGGGCUCUUGGCGACGUUUUGCUCGAGAAAAUCUAAUCGUCAUUGAUUUUUUCCGAUGGGAUUCGUUUGCAAGCAAUAAUUUCUUUUCGGUUUCGCGACUGACGCGUUUUUUUUUUUUUUGCUGCUUUCUGCUUGUUGCUGCCAUCAUUGUCUUGAGGUCUUGUUUUUUGCUUAAUUCUCCUUGGGUCCUGUGAUCUUGGUGUCUUCGGUUUGGUGUCAUUAUCCUCACCGCUGUCACGUUUGUUGGUCGCGCGUCGUCGCGAGUAUUUGGGGCAGCACCCUUCGUCCCAGCGGGAGGAUCGAAAAUCGAGGUGUACAGCAGCGACGACCGGCCGAACAAGUUGACUCUCGAGCAGCAAACAGAGAGUAAGAGAGGGAGAGACAGAGAGAAAGCGACUCAAGGCUGUCCUUUCCCUCUCGUGAAGCGAACGUCUAAGUAACGUAGUAGGCAUUUUGCGAGGCGGGUGAAGGCAGCGCUCCCGCGACGCGUAGAAUUCUUUCGAAGCUCACCCAAUCGGGUUCCUCAUUGACCGCAAGUUAGAAUAGUCCGAUGUUUUUUGAAGGUUCGAGGCAAGCCCCCAGCGCUUUGGACAGUCGUUUGUGCCCUGGGGACCUAGUGCAGAUAGCACUCGCCGCCUGUUGACAACCCCCUUUUUCGUCUUGCCAGAGCCUUGGUUCUUUGUUUUGUUCCUUUUUAUUUUGGUGUAUGCCGUUGNGGGGGGGGGGGGGGGGGGG